AUGACGGCUAUCAAGAUCGAUGGCAAGGCCAUUGCACAGAAGAUAAGGGAGAGGUUAGCCGCCGAGAUUGCGCAAAAGCAAAGUGCAAAUCCACGUUAUCGGCCGUCCCUGAAGAUCAUACAGGUUGGUGAUCGGCCAGACUCAACUACAUACGUCCGCAUGAAAUUGAAGGCAGCACAAGAGGCUGGCAUUGAUUGUGCUCUUAUACAUCUUCCUUCUUCGAUCUCGGAGCCGGAGCUCUUGCAACAGAUCACAGAAUUCAACAAUGAUCCGUCUGUCCAUGGCAUCCUCAUCCAACUGCCACUGUCCGAGCACCUUUCUGAACAUACAAUUACGUCUGCUGUCCUCGAUGAGAAAGACGUCGAUGGUUUCGGAGCAACCAACAUCGGCGAGCUUGCCAAAAGAGGUGGGAAGCCAUUCUUCGUUCCGUGUACACCCAAAGGCGUCAUGGUCCUCCUCCAAGAGAGCGGUGUCGAAGUCAAAGGUAAAACUGCUGUUGUUCUCGGCCGGAGUGAUAUCGUUGGAAGUCCAGUCAGCUACCUUCUAAAAAAUGCCGACGCUACAGUUACCGUCUGCCAUUCCAAGACAAACAAUUUGCCUGAUGUCGUCAGACAGGCAGAUAUCUUGGUUGCUGCAAUUGGGCAACCCUGCUUUGUGAAGGGAGAUUGGUUGAAACCCGGUGCAGUCGUUAUUGAUGUGGGCACAAACUUCAUUGCCGAUACCACAAAAGCCUCGGGUCAACGACUGGUCGGCGACGUGGAAUUUGAGACAGCUGCUGAAGUCGCUUCCCAAAUUACACCUGUUCCUGGUGGAGUCGGCCCUAUGACUGUGGCCAUGCUGAUGCAGAAUGUUGUCGAUUCAGCUUCAUCAUACUUUGAGCGAUUGAAAUCCCGGCGUAUUACACCCUUGCCCCUCAAAUUACAAUCCCCAGUACCAUCCGAUAUUGCCGUGGCACGCGCCCAACGUCCCAGGCAGAUCACCCAUGUUGCAAGCGAUGUCGGGAUUGCACCCCACGAAUUAGAGUCACAUGGUGCGUACAAAGCAAAAGUCGACCUUUCAUUACUGUCCAGAUUAGAACACCGGAGGGACGGCAAGUAUGUCCUAGUCAGUGGUAUUACCCCAACACCUUUAGGUGAAGGAAAGUCCACCACUACCAUGGGCUUAACACAAGCACUGGGCGCACACCUUGGCAGAGUGACAUUUGCCAACGUCAGGCAGCCUAGUAUGGGUCCGACUUUUGGGAUUAAAGGGGGUGCAGCUGGGGGUGGUUACAGCCAGGUUAUUCCGAUGGAUGAGUUCAACCUCCAUCUCACUGGAGAUGUCCAUGCCGUUACCGCAGCGAACAAUCUUCUGGCUGCUGCGAUCGAUACACGGAUGUUUCACGAGUCUACCCAAAAAGACGGCCCCUUGUACAAGCGCUUAGUUCCCUCCAAAAAGGGAAAGCGUGAAUUUGCUCCCAUUAUGUUCCGCAGACUCAAAAAGCUUGGGAUUGAUAAGACCAAUCCUGAUGAUCUGACCGAUGACGAGAUUCGGCGAUUUGCUAGACUUGACAUUGACCCUGAAACCAUCACCUGGAGGCGAGUCCUAGACGUGAACGACCGACACUUGAGAGGCAUCACAAUUGGCCAAGCUCCUACAGAAAAGGGUCAUACUCGAGAGACUGGCUUCGAUAUUUCCGUCGCCAGUGAGUGUAUGGCUAUCCUUGCCCUCAGCAGUGGUCUCAAGGACCUGCGUGAACGUCUCGGCCGCAUGGUCAUCGGGUCAUCUAGAUCAGGAGACCCAGUGACCUGUGACGAUAUCGGUGCCGGUGGUGCUCUUACCGCCUUGAUGAAGGACGCCAUUAAACCCAACCUGAUGCAGAGUUUAGAAGGAACUCCAGUCUUUGUCCACGCUGGACCUUUUGCCAAUAUCAGUAUUGGUAAUAGCUCGGUUUUGGCCGAUAAGUUGGCUUUGAAGCUUGCUGGAACCGAGGCAGAUGAGGACCAUGAUGCAAAGGCAGGCUUUGUGGUAACAGAAGCCGGAUUCGACUUCACCAUGGGUGGGGAACGAUUCUUCAAUAUCAAAUGUCGUGCCUCGGGGCUUGUUCCUGAUGUGGUCGUGGUCGUUGCCACUAUUCGUGCCUUGAAGGUCCACGGUGGAGGCCCUGAAAUAAAUGUUGGUGCUCCGCUCCCUGCGGCCUACCGCACUGAGAAUGUCGAGAUGCUACGUGCGGGUUGCGUGAACUUGAAGAAACACAUCGCCAAUGCCAGAACCUAUGGUGUGCCAGUGGUAGUUGCCAUCAACCAGUUCGAAACCGAUACUGAGGCGGAAAUGAAAGUUAUUGAAGAGGAAGCUCUGUCUGCAGGAGCAGAAGCAGCUGUACCGGCGAAUCACUGGGCAGAAGGUGGUGCUGGGGCAGUUAACCUAGCGAAGGCAGUGAUGGAGGCUUCGAUCAAGCCAAAGAGUUUCAAGUUUCUCUAUGAUCUCGAGGGUACCGCUCAAGAACGAAUCGAGAAAAUCGGCAAGGAAAUGUACGGUGCUGAAAAGGUCGAGUUUAGCGAACUUGCACAAAAGAAGGUCGACAUGUACACCAAGCAAGGCUUCGGUAAUCUGCCGAUAUGCAUUGCAAAGACCCAAUACUCUUUAAGUCACGACCCUGCAUUGAAGGGUGCACCGACUGGCUUCACUGUCCCGAUCAGGGAUGUGAGACUGGCUGUUGGAGCAGGUUAUCUCUACGCACUCGCUGCAGAUAUUCAAACCAUUCCGGGUCUCCCAACGGCACCGGGAUACCUGAAUGUCGAUGUCGAUCCCGAGACUGGGGAGAUUGAUGGCCUUUUCUAG